UGCAGGACGUGGUCUUCUACUACCCGGCCCGGCCGGAAGUCAAGAUCUUGAACGGCCUGUCAAUGUCAAUCACUCGCGGUCAGAAAGUAGCCGUGGUUGGCGAGAGCGGCAGCGGCAAGUCUACCGUCAUGGCGUUGCUGGAGCGUUUCUACGAUCCCAACACUGGCACUGUGCUGGUCAACGGCCAGGACAUGAAGACCUUCAAGACCACCGCCCUGCGGCGCUGCAUCGGCUACGUGGGCCAGGAGCCGGUGCUCUUCGCGAGCUCCAUCAAGCACAACAUCAUGCAGGGCUGCCCUGAGGCCUCCAAGGAGGACUUUGUCCAGGCCUGCGCCGAUGCUCAGCUGGGCUUUGUGGACAACCUCCCGGAGAAGUACAACACCUUCGUGGGAGCUGGAGGGGGCCAGCUCUCCGGUGGCCAGAAGCAGCGCAUUGCCAUCGCCCGGGCCUUGCUGAAGAAGGCCUCCUUCCUCUUCCUGGAUGAGGCGACCAGCGCACUUGACAACACUUCCGAAAAGAUGAUUCAGCAGACCAUCGACAGCAUCAGCUCAAAGUCGGAUAACGGCAUGGGCAUUGUGAGCAUUGCCCACCGCCUCAGCACGGUUCGGAACGCUGAUCUCAUCUACGUGCUGAACCGCGGUAGCCUUGUGGAGCACGGCAACCACGCAACGCUGAUGGAGAAGAAGGGAGCCUACUACGCCCUCGUGGCCACGCAGGAGAGCUCCCAAAAGGCUGAGGAGGCAGAGGUGGUGACCACAGAGCACUCCUCCGUGAUGUUGGCACGCCAGCUCUCUGGGCACAGCGCGGAAUCCGAGACGAAGCGUCAAGCCCGGGAGCAGAAAGAGGAGGAGGAGCGGACCAAGCAGAUCAACAAGCAGUACCAGGUGCCCAUGGGCCGGUUGCUGAGCUACAACAAGCCGGAGUGGCCCUUCUUCGUCCCCGCGAUUCUGGGUGCCUUGGUGGACGGCGCGGCGAUGCCCUUGUGCACCGUGGCCUUGGUGGGGUCCAUGAAGGCUUUCUACAAGACGGACAAGGAGGAGAUGCGUUCCGACCUGGAGUUCAUGUCGCUGCUCUUUGUCAUCAUCGGACUGAGCUGCUUGCUGGGCUCCACCAUCUCCCAUGGCUGCUUCGCCAUCUUGGGCGAGGCUAUGACUCAGCGCCUUCGUGUGAACAUCCUCACCACCAUGUUCCGCCAGGAGGUGGGCUUCCACGACAACCCCGAGAACACCCCGGGCAUGCUCUCCAAAGCUUUGGAGCUCUGGGCCUUCCGAGUGAGCACUUUGUGCAAGUCCAUCCAGGCGAAGGCCGCUGCCCUGAGCUCUAUGUUGGUUGGCCUCACCUUGGCGUUUGCGUACUGCUGGCAGAUGGCGCUGAUUAUGCUGGGCUCCAUUCCCAUCAUGAUCGUGGCCAAUGCGAUCCAGAUGCUGGUGCUCCUUGGGGCGACCAAAAACGAGAACGAGGAUCUCACCAUGGCACAGCAGAUCGUGACGGACUCGGUGAUGAACGCACGCACCGUGCAGGCUUUGGGUGUGGAGAAGGCCCUGGUCGCCAUGUACGUCUCGUGGGUGGACAAGUCUGCCAAGGGCAUGUGGUGCCGCAACAUCUCCGCGGGCUUCGGCUUUGGUGUGUCCUCAGGUGUCAUGUUCUUCGUCAUGGCCGGGGGCUUCUAUGCAGCGUCGUUGCUGAUCAAGGACGGCAGCGCGGACUUCGAGGGGGUGAUGAUGGCCUUCAUGGGCGUCUUCUACGCAGGCAUGGGCGCCGGCCAGGCCGCUGUGAUGGUGGGCGAUGGCGCCAAGGCGAAGGUGGCGUGCCACGACAUGUUCAAGCUCCUGGACCGGCAGAGCCUCAUCGAGGGCUUGGAGCCCGAGGGCUCCACCGAGGAGAAGCUGGACGCCGGCACCAUCGAGUUCCAGGAGGUGAGGUUCUUCUACCCCUUCCGCCCUGAGAUCCAGGUGCUGAAAGGCAUCAGCUUUAAGAUCACCGCUGGGCAAUCCGUGGGCUUGGUGGGGCCUUCUGGUGGAGGCAAGAGCACCGUCAUGUGCCUCAUCCAGCGCUUCUAUGAUCCUCAGACCGGCAAGAUCCUGAUUGGCUCGCAGCAAAAGUCCCUGGAGUCCCUCAACAUCCGUUGGUGGCGCAAGCAGAUUGGCUUUGUGGGACAAGAGCCAAUCCUGUUCAACACAACCGUGCGGAACAACAUCCUCUAUGGCUUGGAUGAGAAUGAGACCGUCUCUGAAGAGUACAUCAAGACCUGCGAGAAGAUGUGCAACCUGGGCUUCCUCUACAAGAACCAGAACCAAGGCCUCGCCACAGAGGUGGGCCCCCGGGGAAGCCGCCUCAGCGGGGGCCAGAAGCAGCGGGUGGCCAUCUGCCGCGCGCUGAUCCGCGACCCCAAGGUGAUGCUGCUGGACGAGGCCACCAGUGCCUUGGACACCCAGAGCGAGGCCAUCGUCCAGAAAGCGCUGGAGGCCGCACGCGAAGGUCGCACCUCCUUUGCCAUUGCCCAUCGCCUUUCAACCGUUCAAAGCUGUGAUGUGAUCUUGGUGAAUGCUGACGGGCGGGUUGUCGAGAAAGGUUCUCACGGUGAGCUCAUGGCAAUGAAGGGUGUCUACUACAAGUUGCAGAUGCAGUCGCAGAAGUGAGACCAGUGAGUGCUCGGGGCUGAGCAAGAAACUGGGAAACUGGGGCUGUUGCCCCAAUUUCUGGAAAGCAUGACAGGAUGGCCUGGAGCCUGAGUGGUCUAAGACCAAACGCUAGUCUGCAUGGCUUCAGCUCCAUUCGGAGCUUCUACCCGGGCCAAAAAAUCCUACGACGUGUCAUGCGUCGAAGUUGUUUCGGCACCUGAGCCGACGGCUCGUUCGGCUCGUGUGCCCAGAACGUGCCGCCUAAGGCGGAGCUUGGCUUGGUUGUGUCUGGGCGAAGGACUCGGGAGCUGUGACCUCGGCCUCCAAACAGUUCCUUCAGAUCCCUUUUAGGUGCAUGCCCAUAAAUCGCCCAGCCAGAGACCAGAAACAUCCACAAGUUCCAUCGGUGGUUCCAUGUACGCUGCGGAUCGCGGUGGCAUGCGAUAGGCGCGCCCUUCUGGAGCCUGUGGUAGCCUUCUGUGGCGGAUCUUGGGUACAGCCGCCAGCAAGGCAUCGACGAAAUUUUCGGAAGCUCUGCACGCGGUAUGCAGGCAUUGGAAUUAGUGAAGUGCGGUGGGUGAACCAGCAAGUGGCAAAAA